AUGGGUUACGCUCAUUUAUUUACAAAGAAAUUGGGUUCUAAAUCUAAAAAUAUUGAUAAUAAUUUAAAUAAUAUAAAUUCAACCAAUAAUAAUCAAAAUAACGGUAAUAACAACAAUAUAGAUAAUAAUAAUAUAGUAAAUAAUCAGAAUCAGAAUCAGAAUCAAAAUCAUAAUCAUAAUCAAAAUCAAAAUCAGAAUCAUAAUAAUCACUCAUUUAUUAAAAAUAUAAGUAGUGCAGCGUCAAAGAAAUAUAGAAAUUUUAAAACAAGUCAUUUCAGCAAAGACAAUCAGAAUCAGAUCGAAAAGAGUGAGGAAGAAAUUUUAGAAAAGAUGAGUCUUGAAAGUCAUCUGAAACAACCAACCAUUGUAACAUGCUGCGGAGUUAAUAAUAAUAAUAAUAAUAAUAAUCAUAAUAAUAAUACUACAAAUUCUAAUUCUACAACUACAAUAAGUAGUAAUAAUCAUAUAUCAUUAUUAUCAUCAUCAACAACAUCAUCAUCAUCAACGACAACGACAACAACAACACCACCACCAUCAAUAUCAAUUUCAUCUUCUCCAAAUACUAAUUUCAAUGGCAGCUCAAGUAGUAGUGGCAGUAGUAGUAGUAGUGGAGGUGGAAAAUUGAAAUUACAUAUCAAUUUAUCUGCUAUCAUUAAUAGAAAUAGCGGUGGUGAUGCAGAUUCCGCUAAUCCACACUCACCUCAGACACCUACCUCUAGUUUGAGAAAUCUGUUUGGUGUGGCGACAAGUCCACGUCGUUCGAGUCCACGUGCCUUUGGAAACUUUGCUUCGUCGUCGUCGGCAACGACCAACUCGAUCUGCCUUCACCAACUACCACAUCGUUUGCUCGAUAUGAUAUUCUCACAGGUGAUCGAUUUCAUAUUGCCAUCGUCAGUGUUUGUCGAAAAGGAAUGUGAUGGAAAUGGUGAAUGUAUUCGAGGAAGAUGCCAAUGUUUUGAUGGAUGGACAACCAGUACAUGUGUAGUGCCAGGAACACCAGGAAAUACACCUGUGAUCAACAAUGGAACUGUUAUCAAUCCUUCACCUGUCAACUUCACAAGUUCAUUCACAUACUUGAGAGAGAUUGAUGAGAUUGGUAAUUCCAUAAAAGUAAUAAACAUGUCCGAUAUCCAAUGGUCAAAAGAUGUUGGUGAUUCAAACACUUUUGGUUUUGGACAAAAAUAUCUUCGAAAUGUGUCAAAUGUUAAGAUCUUUAAUUUAUAUCUUGUUACAAUUACAUCAUUCCAAGAACAAACUUUUAUUUCAAACCAAAACCCAAAAUAUUUUACUCAACCAAUAAGUUAUUGGAUUUCAGGUAGAAUUAAUCCUUUGAUUCCAGGAAUCUAUUUCUAUUCUUCAGGUCCAGAAAAGGAUAUUUUUAUGUAUAGUACUUAUAAUGAUACUAGUUUAUAUUUUACCAAUUGGAAACCAAAUGAACCAAAUUUAAUACCCGGCGAAAACUGUACUCUAGCUUAUCAAACAUCGAAUCUGUGGAAUAAUGUCGAUUGUAAUAGUUUAUUAUAUUAUAUUUGUGAAUAUAGUGAUUUGGAUAUACCAUUCAUUGAACCUAUUACAACAAACAACGUUUUUUUAAGUAUAAGUAAUAUUUUAAAUUGGAAUCUGACUAUUUCAACAGCAUCUCAAAUCAAAGUAGUAUUUUCAAGUCCAGGAAAGAAUGAAAGUGGCUUUGCAGUUUCUUAUAUUAGUGAUAAUUCAAUUAGAUGUGGAUUAUCCAACCCUACAGGAAGAUAUAAUGUAACAUUGACCUAUGGAAGUUUAGUUUACAAAACACAAUUCCAAUAUGCAGCACCUCAAGUCUCUGUUAUCAAUCCUGUUUUUUCAUCUGGUGAAAUUCUAACUUUAUCAGGAUAUAGUUUUGGAAAAAACACAAGUUUAAUACAAAUAUGGAUUUAUAACUUUAGUUAUCCUUGUACAGAUAUAAAAUUUGGAUCUACCAUUUACAUUUUGACUUGUAAAUUAUCCUCAAAUUUAGAUUUCGGAUCAUAUUCAAUUAUAAUGUCUGUGAAUGGUGUUUACUCAAUUAAAAACAAACCAUCUUUUGUUUUCAAAGACAGAGUGCUCUCUUGUUUUAAAACAAGAAUUGAUGCCAUUACAAAUAUGAUAUUCUCGGCGAAAUCCACCAGCGAUGGUUUAUAUGGAACACCAACAUAUGUCGACUCUAAAGAGUAUGCAGAUUUACUUUCUAAAAUGUGUUCAUAUGGUGUACCUAUUCAACAAUACUUGUCCACUCCCGUUUUUUAUAAUAAUACAGCAGGUAAUAACAUAACUUAUAUAAACAAAGAGAAACACAAAAUUUCUAAUUUUUUAAUAUUUCAUUACCUCAUAGCCAAUUGGUCAUUAUUAUAUGGUAACAAUAAAGGUAGUUUAAUUACUCCUUAUGACUCAAGAGGAAGUAUUCCAAUACCAGGUAUUUUUGAUUUACAACUUUAUCAAUUCAAUUUCGAAAAUCAAACUUAUUCCUACUCAACCAAAGAUGGAGGUGCUCUUGUUGAAUAUUUCUCUAAUGUACCACAAUUUUUAUAUCCCGGUAAGGAAUUCAGAUCAUCUACACCUGGUGGUGAUAUUCAACUUCUAGUAAAUCAAUAUGGAAGUUCUAUGUGGCCAAUGUAUUUCGAACUUAAUGGAAAGGUAUAUAAUGCUUCUAGAGAUUAUUCCAUAAAUUUAAUAACCUUUACUAUACCAAUGGGAACAGGUUUAGGACCGUAUCCUAUUACACUAUCGACCGUUACUCCGAAAGGUAAUAUACUAUCUACACCUUCACCAGUAUUCUUGACAUAUAUGGCUCCGCAAAUUUAUAGUGUGGUAGCAAAAUCAGCAGUUUCCGAUAUAUUGAUAAAUGGUGUGAACUUUGGUGCCAAUGCUUCUGUAAUUUCAUUUGUCAAUGGAACAUGUUCAAGCCAAACAAUUUUUUCAAGACACUUUCAGAUCUCUUGCAAAUAUUACACCUAUGGAUUGAAUCUACCAAUCCAAAUAAUAAUAGAUGGGCAGGUAUCGAAUGUAUACUAUUUCAACUUUGAAAAUCCAGCAAUAUUGAAAUUCAAUCAGUUAACUGUGGAUGGUGGUUGGUUAGAGAUUACUGGUUAUAACUUUAUGGAUAAUACAUCAUUUGUUAAGAUCAACAUAGGCACACUCGAAUGUAAAAACAUUACUGUUCUUUCAAAUCUUAGACUAAAAUGUUUCAUGGAUCCACUUGACAAACCAGAUUAUUCAAUCAAAAUGAAUCUAUCUGUAAAUGGAGUGCCAGCAUUGAACACGAUCGAUUUCCAAUACGCACCACCAUUAGUCACAGCAACAACAUUAGGUUAUCAAAAUCAAACAACAUUGUUAACGAUCUCAGGAUCAAACUUUGCUCGAACUUCCAUUUCUGUUUCGGUUGGAAAUGAACCUUGUUACCAUAUCACUUUUCUGUCUUCAUCACAGCUGACUUGUUAUUUUGAUGGAUUGGCUAUCCCAAAUGGGAAAGACUACAGUCUUUAUGUUAACGUUACAAACUUGAUGAUGACUGGUGGUAAUUAUUCAUUCUAUUAUCUCAAACCCGAAUUAUGUCCCUCAGUGAAUGGAAAGGAAUGUGGUGGAAAUGGUGAAUGUAUUCAAGGAAGAUGCCAAUGUUUUGAUGGAUGGACAACCAGUACAUGUGUAGUGCCAGGAACACCAGGAAAUACACCUGUGAUCAAUAAUGGAACUGUUAUCAAUCCUUCACCUGUCAACUUCACAAGUUCAUUCACAUACUUGAGAGAGAUUGAUGAGAUUGGUAAUUCCAUAAAAGUAUUAAACAUGUCCGAUAUCCAAUGGUCAAAAGAUGUUGGUGAUUCAAACAGUAGUAUUCUAAUUGGAACAUUUACAAACGAAACAGUUGUUAUUUCCAUUCGAAUAUUAUUAUUCAAAGAGCCAACUUCCUUGGACUUUGCAGGUGAAACAAUGUUGAUGAAUUCAAACUCUGUUAAAUAUACAGUUACCAUCACCAAUUGGCAAUUUAAAUCAAACCUCAACAUUCUUCAAAUACUAUUUCAAACAAAAUCAUUUGGUUUCUCAGUUGAUGAAUGUGGUAUAAAGACACCUGUUUAUUCCAAUUCAUCGUCUACCUCAGAUAGUUAUCAAAUUGUUUCCAAGUCGGAUAUUCUAAAUAUUAACUUUGCAAAACAUUACUAUAGAGAUAACAGAAUUGUACUUGCAGAUUAUCGAGUGUUAUCAAAUGAUGACCCAUUAGUAAAAAAAUCAGUAGACGAUGAAACACAAGAUUUCAUUUUUGGUAUUGAAAUUCAGACACAAACAUUCGCUGACUCAAUCAUUAUCGACCCUAGCAUCAGUUCACUCAUUAUUCCAACAUCUGGUGAAUCUGUUUGUGGUCAAACAAACGAAUCUACCAAAUGGAAAGCAAUCGUGAUUGGUGUAAGAUGUUAA